CACUUCAAUCAGAAGAAAUCAGUUUAUUUUAUAUCUAUACUUUGAACUUUCGCAUAAAAGCGAACUUUACUUCUUCCCAGCAGUGAAAUCUUUUGUUUCAAUUUGAAGGUUUUAACUUGGACCGGAAGAUACCAAAAUGGCUUUUCAAUCGAAUUUUUCUAUAAACUCUAUUCUUGGCGAGGAAGUAACAAACGACGACCAUAGCGUGGAUCGGCCCAAAUAUUCGUAUGGCGCAUUAAUCAUGAUGGCGAUUAAAGCGAGCCCCAAGGGACGGCUAACACUGGCCGAAAUAUAUGAGUAUAUAACAAACAACUACGAGUAUUACAGGACAUGCAAAACAGAUUGGCAAAAUGCUAUUCGUAACAAUUUGAGUAUGAGUGAACAUUUUAUCAGAAUGCCUCGCGAAUACGACGAUCCUGGACGAGGAGGCUAUUGGACCUUAGCAGCACAAUAUGGACAAUUGUUCGUUGGAGAUGAUACAGGGAGAUUGCGCCAACCUCCAGUUCUUCCGAUACCCUGCCAUUUAGUUCCCGGACCUGCAAUGCAAGGUGUGGCGUACCAAUAUGUAAAUUGUAGUAUACCCGGGUGCAUGUGCUAUCAAAUGCCGGGACCCAUCCCACAAGCGCAACAAAUGUAUGUUAAUAUGCAGCAAAUGUAGCAAGUGUUGAUGAAAUGUCAAAUCUAG